AUAGACUUCAAAAUAUGCUGGAAAGUAUCGAAAAACAAUGUUUGAAGUUGGAGCUAAAUUUAAUGACUGCCCUGGAAAAAAAUGAUAUUCUUCAAAUCAAAAUGGCGCUUACACCUCGUACAGCUGUACAGACAUGUUCAAAAAAUAGAGCGAACUAAUUUGAGUCGGGUAGUGGAUAAUAGUGUUUUCAUCACUCCUAUGUAGGUGGGCGAAUCAAAUACAGGUAUGUAUAAUCAGUACAUAUGUAAAUAAGUAGCUUGUGAAAGUAUAAUUCAAAUAAUAUACCCGAAACGAUAAGGUCUUUUUCCAAGCUUUGAGAAUGAGAUAACGUUAAGAACUCGUGUCUUCUUGCGCAAAGACGAACACAGCGAGCUUACAAAGGCGAUUCUUUUAGAAAGAUAACACUAAAUAUAAUAUAUUCACUUACUGAUAACAGUUUCAAAAAACUUUUAUAUAUAUUCAAAAUUCUGGAUUCCACAAGGUUUGGAAAUCGUUGAGAAAUGCACAGUUCACGCAAAAGCACGGUCAUCGGUUGUUUGCUCUUAAUUUUGAUGCCGACAAUGGUUUACGGUCAAAAUAACGAAGAAGAGCCGUUAGCAAUUUAUUUGGAUGUUAGAAAUGAAAUUCAAAAUGUUAUUAGUUUAGUCAAUAAACACGAAACGAAGUUUAGCGAUUUCGACGAUAAAUUACUAAGGAUCCAAAAUAUGCUGGAAAAAUUUGAAAAACAAUUUUUGAAGUUGGAGCAAAAUAUAAAUAGUGUUGAGAAUAUGGAUCAAAAAUUACAGGUUUUCAACACUAAGUUUGAACAGAGGCUCUCAUCAACUGAAACCAAUUUAGCGUCUUCCAUGAGGGUACAAGAGGAUAACUUCAAAACACUAUCUGACAAUAAUUUGGCACUGCAAGAGGAAUUCUUGUCACAUAAGGAUGAUUGUUGCUCCUCGGGAAAUAACUUAGUUACAGAGAACUUGAGCGAAGUGAUAGCAACGGCUGCAAAUACCACACAGAGUCUGGCGGUGAAGUCGACAAUUGUUAGCAUGCCACAAAUAUCUCGUGAUUGUGUUGAAGUGAAAAUGAAGCUUGGUUCACACUAUGAAGACGGUGUUCAUGAAAUACAGCUGUCAGAUUCUGAUACUUUCGACGUAUAUUGCUUAACGAGAUGUUCACAAGGGGAUCAAAUAAACUGUUGUCCCUGGACUGUGAUACUACGGUAUGAAAACAGUGGCGUGCGCCCAAUGUAUAACAGUUGUUGGAAAUAUGAAAACGGGUUUGGCAGUGCGAGUCAUGACUACUUUAUCGGAUUAGAUCGUUUGCAUAAGAUCACCAAUCUUAAAAGGCAAACAUUAUUAGUGGCUAAAAUUUUCCAGUCCGGAGAAUACUUCAUCUAUGACGAUUUCAGUAUUAGAGAUGAGCGGAAUAAUUAUGACGUUGAUAUUUUAGGAGACAGCUGGGGACAUAAAAUAGGCGCCAAAUUGUUCUCAAAUGCUGUAGCAUUAAAAUAUGUUGUUAGAAAUCAAUGCGACCUUUGGCCGUUUAAAACCGUCUCGCAUUUCAAUUUGUUCAACAGGCGCUUUGCCACCAACUAUUUUAUGGCGAUACGUCCUAAGAUAUGUCAGUAAACCAUCCAUGGCAGAGUCGGUUGGUGGGUUGUUUGAUUUAUCCACAAUUUAUUACAUUGUACAAAUCUAGCAGCUACAUUUGUAUGUGAAAAUCUUUAAAAUUCGAAGAAUGAUGUCAAAAACUUUAAUAAUGUAUUAGUUUUUGAAAUACAAAAUUUUAGAAAUUGUAUUGUUGUAUAAAAAGUUAUUCAGGGUUUUAAAGGAAAUGAAGUGCUAAGAAAUUAUUAGAUUUAUAGUACGUAGUGUUCAGCCUCUCUUGCAUAAAGAAAAGUGUUACUAUAUGGUGUAUAAUCUAUCUAUACAUUUUUGAAAUUAAAGAUGGGGCCAACAUAUCCUUGAAUCGUGAGCUCUACAAAGAAA